AUGCAACGAGGACAUUUUCAGGGUUAUUGCGUCAAAGGUGACUGCGAUAGGCUAGGUGCUGAUACGUCAACAAAUCAGCCUUCAGAUUCAGUUGAGAAGACCCCUUCAAACGUCGUUGUGCCCACAGCAUCUGUUCCAGCGCACGAAGACCAACAGCCACCACCCAUUUCUGAACCACCAGCUGACACUCGUCCAGCAGAGAGUCACGAAACUAUUGAUGAUCAGUCACACGGCGAGCAAGCUCCCGCUCAGCCACCACCCCCCGUACCCGAGGAUCCUUCGAUGAGUGGUGCCAUACCGAUGGAUCCGAGCCUGAAUCCGGCCGAUUACCAUUCCACAGCUGAGAAUACCACUCGAUCUGGUGUUGGUAAAUGGUUGAGCAAAAUGAUUUCACUCUUCCGAUACGCACUUCCGGCAGCAAUGGCUGAUAUUGAUGACGCAGGUGUGUGGUGA